CGCGCCACAUUCGAGUUGUUUUUGUUGAAACCCUACACGAUUCAACGGGUUUGAUGUCAUUUUUCAUGCAUUUACAAGUAUUUUUCGCUUCAUUUGGAUAGCAAGGAAGUACCGAAGGACAUCUUAACCUAUGAACCAGUCACGAGAAUCUUAUGGAAGAAUAACAACGAAGAUAUGAAGCCUUGACGUGGGGAGUUCGAAAGUAGCUGACAGUGGGCGAGGGACACGACAUCCGUUGCUUUUUGUGAUUCUUGGCAUAUCUUCGACAUGAUAAACUGCCCACACCAGUAAAUUAUAGUUAUGGCCAUUCAUGAAGUCUUUUUUGUCCUCAAAAUCAAGGAGUUCUGAAGUGAUAUUUUUGCGUGAUCAGUAUUUAUAAUUUUCAACACUUUGACAGUUACUGACAGUUUUCGCACAGACUUUGUACAAUAAUACUUUUUGGCUUUUGAUAGUCCUUCAUGGUUCACAUGGCCGUUACACCGAACUUAAAAGCCAAAGUAGACGAGCUGUUUCUUCGUUGGCUCUCGAUGCCAAGCACUCAACGGAUCCUUCGUGAUGAUUUGAACAAGGUUAUCGAAGGUCGACCUAUUUCGCCUAAACAGUGUUUAUCAAACUCUGGUUCAGGGGGAGGUAGUCGAUCCUCUUCCCCCCCGGCACCAUCCUCGUCUCCAACACCAGUACGGUCUCCUAGAAGCCCCAGAGAAGUACGAUCAUUGCGAAAGUCGGGAGCUAGAAAUUCUCCUCGUUCUCCAGAGCCAGAUCGACAUGGUUCGAUCAGGGUACCGAUGAAGACAGUUUCUCAUUUACCUGAUGACAAACACGGAUCGACAAAGAUAACCCCAGGUUGUGCAGCCAGCAUCCCGAAAUUCUAUUUUCCUUUUGGCAAACCAGCUUCAUCCAAUUCAUCGGACGUUGACUCAACAUUGAAGAAACUCGUUAAAGUCUUUGAUGUUUUCGAGAAAGGUUGUGUGAAGAAAGAGCAUUUUUCUGCAGUUACGAAGGCCUGUAAUCUGCCUCUCUAUUGGAAAGAAYCCUUGUUCUCGGCAUCUGGAGGACACAAAAAUGGAUAUGUUACACUUACUAUGUUUACAAGUCUUUGGAGAAGGUUGACAUCAACAUGUUUUGAUGAUGCAUCCAAGUUUGUUUACUUGAUGUCAUCAAAGACAACCAAAAAUGUUUUAGAAUCUGAGGAUUUUGUACCAUUAAUUCAGGAUAUUGUCAAUACUCAUGUUGGUCUCGCAUUUUUACAAGAUGCUCCAGAAUUUCAUUCCAGAUAUGUCCAUACAGUGAUUGCUAGAAUAUUCUACAAUGUCAACAGCUCAUGGACAGGUAAAAUCACUAUUCCAGAGCUAAGACGGAGCAAUUUUUUAGAGGUUCUGGCAUCACUAGAGGAUGAGGAAGACAUAAAUGAGAUUGUGGACUAUUUUUCUUAUGAACAUUUUUAUGUUAUUUAUUGUAAAUUCUGGGARCUCGAUACAGACCAUGAUCUCUUGAUUGAUGAGAAAGACCUUGCAAAGCACAACAAUCAUGCACUCUCCCUKCGGAUUGUAAAAAGACUUUUUUCUGGUUCAGUCACAAGGGGUAAGACGUGCAAGGAAGGCAAAAUGACAUACCCUGAGUUUGUGUGGUUUUUGCUAUCAGAAGAAGAUAAAAAACAUCCAAGAAGYAUAGAAUUUUGGUUUCGAUGUAUGGAUACAGAUGGCGAUGGUGUUUUGUCAAUGUAUGAAUUGGAGUUUUUCUAUGAAGAGCAAGCUUCUAAAAUGGAGGCAUUAGGGAUAGAAGCAAUGUCAUUCCAGGAUUGUUURUGUCAGGUUUUAGACAUGGUUAAACCAGUCGAUAAAGAUAAGAUAACCCUCAGUGAUCUACGCAGGUGUAAGAUGGCAYACAUCUUUUACAAUACAUUCUUCAACCUUGAUAAAUACAUUGAGUUUGAACAGAGAGAUCCAUUUGCCAAUGCUCGAGAAAAUKCAGAUGUUGAUAAUCCUCAGCCCUCAGACUGGGAACGGUAUGCCCAGGAAGAAUAYGAGCUUCUUGUAGCAGAGGAAGGAGCCAAUGACCAAGCAGAUGGAUAUGAAGAUGACUUUGAAGCUGAUGAUGAAGACUUACUAGAUGAAGAUAUACUCUCUCUCAAAGGUUUAUCAAGYGAAGAAGACAGCAGUCCUUGGAGUAUCAUGACUGAACUUACAGAUAAUAAAGAUGAGGAUGAUGAUAUCUAGGAAUAGAAUAGUCAAACAGUCAAACCAUCCAUCCAUGUGAGCUUAGAAAUGAUAAAGUCAGUUGACCAAAAGUGCUGCCAAUCCCAGCUCUUCACAAAGAAUAUCUCAGCAACCCAAAUGACUAUCACUGAAUGUCACAUUGUGAGAAUGGUAGGAUGCUGUAAUGAUGGAAUACAGCAAUGAAUAAUAGACUUGGUUCCUAACAUCCAUCAGGAUAAAAACCAACUGAACCAACACUACAAGUACACAGUAUGWUAUGAAGGACUGAUAUGCCGUUUAUAAACAAAGAUGAUACCUAAAAAGAAAGGGCGAUAAAAACAUAAUGCUCAUUUAAGCUUUUGUUGGUAACAUUUAAAUUCAAAUUGUGUUAAAAAUUGAGAGAUGACAUCCAUGAAAUAGUAUAACCACUGGUUAGGACUUUAGAGUUCAUAUUUAUUAAGUGAUGUAUCCCAUGGAUAUGUUAGAUCACACACAAAGACUUAUUGUCAAAAGAAAUAGUAAAUCACAGAUGUGAGAUGUUGUUUAAGGUAAACGUCUUGUAAAUUAAAAUGUAUAUUAUAUAUUUAGGUUA